AUGAGCGGUCUAGUGCGCACCGAGCCGCUGCCCGGGGAGACCCCUCUGCUGGUGCCCGGCGACCCCUACUCUGUGGUGGUUCUGCUCCAAGGCUACGCGGAGCCCGAGGGUGUCGGCGACGCCGUACGAGCCGACGGCUCCGUGACCCUUGUCCUGCCCCAGGCCUGGGGCCCGCCCUCCACCCACCGAGAGCCCCUGCCUUACGAGGCGAAGACCGCCCUAGAGGAGGCGGCCCGGGGCCCCAUCCUCGUGGACACUGCGGGCCCGUGGGCUCGCGAGGCGCUCCUGGGGGCCCUGGCGGGGCAGGGAGUGGCUCCCGGAGACGUGACUCUGGUGGUGGGGACCCACGGACACUCGGACCACAUCGGGAACCUAGGGCUGUUUCCCGGGGCGGCCCUGCUGGUCUCGCACGACUUCUGCCUCCCCGGGGGCCGUUACCUCCCCCACGGACUGGGUGAGGAGCGGCCUUUGCGCUUGGGGCCGGGACUCGAGGUGUGGGCCACACCCGGCCACGGUGGCCAGCGGGACGUGAGCGUGCUGGUGGCUGGCACGGCCCUGGGAACCGUCAUGGUAGUGGGCGAUGUGUUUGAACGUGAUGGGGAUGAGGGCUCGUGGCAGGCGCUGAGCGAAGACCCAGUGGCCCAGAAGCACAGCAGAAAGCGGGUCCUGGCCACUGCCGACGUGGUCGUGCCUGGUCACGGAGCCCCCUUUAGGGUGAUAAGGGAAGCCUCGGCGCCAGAGACAGAGCCAGCCAGAUCUCAUGACGGAGAGAAGCCCAUUGUGCACGGAUAA